AUGGUUGAUUUAGGAGUUCAGAUAUUGACAUCGUCUACUCCUUUUGAGUCUCCAGCGAUAAACUUGCGUGAAUUGUUGGAAGGGCACAGUGCCGAUCCACUCGAUGGGAAUGUCUACGUGUUGCAGGAUGAGGGAAAGUCGCGGAGUACGGCAGAAGAACAUUGGUACUCAAGCACCCAUUUGACAACGCGGAAAGCAUGUAACCGCCAAAGGUGGGGCGCCGUUUGCCACAACGAGACUUGUUACACCAAAGAAGCUUUCAGCGACACCCCCAAACACCUCCUCUCCGAAACUUCGCGUUGUCAGUUUGCUCACAGUAGCAAAGACUUCAAGCACGAAGCUCACUCCGACCUAAUCUAUUGCGUCGCCUUUGACACCUCAAGCGUCGACGGCUCCCACGCCCUCUCCUCCAGCCGCCUCUUCUCCAGCACCGACUUCUUCGACAAAGACCGCAAAGUUGAGGAGCUCGGCAUUGGGAAGAAUACUAAGGGCGCCAUUGCCUUCGCCAUAGUCCCCAAAUACGCCGUUGUUGCAUUGAAGGACUUCUUCGUCGAGAGUUUGAAGGACACGAACAGGAACGAUAUGGGGUACGUCGACUACGAGAAACUGUACGGCGUCGAUGGCGUGGGCCUUGCCAACGUUGUUUCAAACGCGAAGGAUGUCGAGGGGCGAGGGGCACGGAAGCAGUUGACAAUGAUCACUUUUGACGAUGGCAGCACAUGGACCUCGCUCCGCCCUCCACCUCGAGACAGCGAGGGCAAACGCAUUUCAUGCGACCCCGCUGACACCGACCUUUGCUCACUCCAUCUCCAUUCCGUCACAACCCCACACAACUAUGGGCACAUCUUCUCGUCACCAGCACCUGGGUUUUCUAUGGGCGUUGGGUCGAUAGGCGAGAGCCUCUUGCCAUACGACGAAAGCGACACAUGUAUCAGCACAGACGCCGGCGUGACGUGGCAGAUGGUCCGACGAGACGCGCACAAGUACGAGUUUGGCGACAAGGGGAGCAUCCUGGUGAUCGUGAAUGACGAGGACGGGACGGACAACGCAGAAAGACGACAUAGGCAUCAAAUUCUGAGCGAGGGCGCUCAUGACCCUCCCCGACUCGACCUCACAAAUGUUCCCGCUGCUAGGGCAAGUAGCGCGGAAAGACCAGACAAAGGAGACUGGACGUGUCGUCAUCAUCCAACUCGACUAUUCCGGGACGAGGAAACGCAACAAUGGUACAAACGCCGAAAACCGGACUCGGAUUGCUAUGUUGGAGAGAAGUAUAUGGACCCCAUGAAGCAUGAGGGUAAUUGUCAGUGUACGGAGGAAGAUUACGAAUGCGACUACAAUUUCGUCCGAAAUGGAAAGGAUUGCGUCCCCGUUGGGCCGGAGCCGAUACCUGCUGGCACGUACAAGGGCUCCUUGGGAUGGAGGAAGAUUCCUGGGAAUACCUGCGUUGAUGGCGUCAAGAAGGACGAGAAAGUUGAUAAGAAGUGUUUGCAAGCGCAACCUGCUCCCGGGGGAAUCACCCACCAAAUUCAUGACUUCAAACAUCAGAUGGUGCAACACGCGUACUUCAAGAACCCCAAAGUCAAAACCAUUCUGGUUCGUCUCAUGGACCACACCAUGUGGCAAUUCAGCAACGAAGGUUACAACUGGACACAAAUUUACCCUGAACACCGCUUCCUUGCAUUCUACCACCACAACUACUCGGACGAUCGUGCCUACCUCAUCACCGACACCGACACCUUCUACCCAACCGAUACCGGACGAACAGGCUGCUCGGCCCAAGCGCAAAGCUGUCAUGCAGAAGCCCAGUGCUCCAGGGAUAACGGGCGCAAGUGGUCCCUCAUUGAUAGCUACAUGUGGAAUUGCGCGUGGGCGAAAGAUGGAGAGCUCAAUACCGAUCCGAACGAGAUCAUUUGCAAGUCCUAUCGGGACAAGAAGGGCAACCAGCGUCUAUUUCAGAAUGAAAACCCGAUGGAACUGGUGACAGGGUCAAAGAUGGGAAGAUUAGAGGAACAGCCCAACCAACCCACCAACAUGAUCUCCCAUGCAUCCACUAAAUGGCUCAUCAUCACUUUCGCUAUCCAAGUUCCGCGUCCGCGCUUCUACAUCCAAUGGGACGCUGAUGAAGCUGGGACUCAUGAAGAAGAUGACGUGAUUCGGGAUGAAGCACUUUCGUCUCCCAAGUUGUUUCGGAGGAUCACUCGCAGCUGUACCUUCGCCUCUUUCAAUCUUGUAGAUGGACUUUUUACGCAGCUUCACACCCUUUUUCAACUGCGCUCUCAGCCAUCUACCCGCCUUCAAUCUGCUCUCCUUAAAUAG